UUUAACUUUAUUCUCUGGUCCCUUUGCCCUUUUCUUUUCAGAUCCCUACCAUCCUCUUCCCAUUGCUCAUCUCUAAUAAAAGUCUCCUCUUUCUCUUUCUGCAUAAUCAUCCUCUACAUAUGAUUCUGUGUUCAUGUUUGCAGUCACUGGCAUAGCUUUUUGGGUUUCUUCUCAAUCCAACAAUAAAGAAAACAAACCAAUCAUAUCAUGUGAGUACGUUGAUUUCUUUAUUUAACCUCAAUCACUACCCAAUCAAAGCUACUUUUUCUUGUCACAUAGUUCACAAAUUUAGGAAACUUCUUUUUCCUUUCCUUUCCUUUGCUUUCCUUUCCUUUAUUUUCUCUCCUCUUUCUAUCUGUCUUUCCAUCAAGGGGAUUUCUGUUAGAUUUGUGAUAUAUUCUGUUAAAUUCUGUGUGGGUAGAGUGAAAACCCCCUUCUUUGGUUGGUUGUAAAUUUAUGAUUCUUUUUCAAGUUCUAUUGAUGGCUAUAAAAGGGUUCAUUUCACGCUUCCAGUAUUUGACUGAAUGGGUUGUUUUUAGUUUUUUUAAUUGUUUUUUAAAUGCCCACAAACUUUGACUUUCAAUGGGAGGUUCUUGGAACCAGAGUUCAUAAUGUCUGUUUGUUUCCUGAGAAAAGUAUGUUGAGGUCAAUAUUAGGCUAUUCAUUUUCUUGAAUCUCCUCUUUUUUAUAUUGGCUUCUCUAUGCUGCGAGUAAAGAUUUGUUACUAAAAGGAAGUGGUGGGUUUUUUUUUGUCUGUUCCAAGAGUUUAGUAUUGUAAUUUUCUUGAUUUUCUCGCAACCAAACAGUGUUGACCCGUAAACCCAUCAAUGAGCCCACUGGUGGAAUCAACAAGAAAAAGAAGUUGCAAAGAUUUGUAAUUAGCAAUAUAGAACUAAACGAUGGGAUCUUUCAAGGGUCAUGCCUUACCAGGAACACUGUUUCUAUUGGUCGGUGUAUGGCACGUAUGGAGCUCUUUGUUUCGAUACGUAUCAAAUCCAAAGGCCUUUCGCGUUCGGGUUUGGAACCCUGUGCCUGGUUUUGAUGGGAAGCUCAAGUACCUAGAACUUUAUCUUGUGAUGAUUGGUGCCUUCAUUGAUUUGUGUAUUGAGCUCCUGUACUCCACCCACCUCAAAUUUUUUGUCAAUGGAAUUCUAAAUCCUAAUCACAUGAAUGAUUUUGAACACUCGGGGAUGCUUCUCAUGUUCUUUAUAUUUGGAGUUGUUUCUUUGCUUUCAGAGAAAACCAGAUUUCUACCCUUGCCAGAGGGAACCCUUUGUUUGGUUGCUGCCACAGCAUUUUGUGCAGAGUAUCUACUGUUUUACUUUCACUCAACAACCCACAAGGGCCUUGAAGGGUAUUAUCAUCUCCUCCUUGUCCUCCUAAUAGGACUUUGCAUUUUAUCUACCAUAGCUGGAGCUCUCCUCCCGACCAGCUUUCCUCUUGAUUUGUCUAAUGGCAUUGCCAUAACUCUUCAAGGCCUUUGGUUCUAUCAGACUGCCUUCAGCCUGUAUGGUCCCAUGAUUCCAGAUGGCUGUCAGCUUAAGAAUGAUCAGAUCAUAUGUCGAUCAGCGGCUAGUCAGGUUCGAGGCGAGCUGCUUGCUAACUUUCAGCUCUUCGCCUUAGUUCUUGGUGUCUUUGUCGCGGUUGCAAUAUUGUAUGAUUUUCUGGAAUCCAAAUAUGGGCAUUCUGAUAUCAGAAGCUUGCAUGUAGCUCAGGAUGGACUGGACUCAAAUUAGCAUAGGUUGGAAUUACAUGUGCAGUAAGGGGAUUAUCAUGGCAGGUGUACUCUGUAAAUGAAUUACUUGGCAAAAUAGCAAAAUUACUAGCAGUGAAGAAAAAACAAAGAAGCAGUGAGAAUAAGGAUGAAGCAAUUCAGAAUUCUUUUUUCGACAAGACUAAUAGAAGCUUCUUUAAUUUUUGCACCAACUGAUGUUCACAUUCUUGUAAAACUUUGAGAAAAGUAUCUUCUGCAAACUAUGUUUCUUUCUGUGAACAGAAUACAAUUUUUAAAAUUUGUUAAUUUUUACUUUUCCAAA